AUGGAUAUUAAUAGAAGUGAAUUUACUAGCGAAUUUACGUCUAGUAAUGAAAUUACAGCAAAAAUAAAUAAUUCAGAUCAAUUCAAACUUAAAGGACUUUCGUUUUUGGCAGAUAAUAGUUUCGGCGAUAAUUUAGACAAUAUCUCCCCUUUCAAACCAGAAGUAAAUUUUACACCUACAAAAUCACAAAUUAAUUGUUUACAACUUUUUCCGAGAUUGUGGUCAAGCAGUAAACGACAGUUAACACCAAAUCCUAAAUUGACACCAGUGCUUCAAUUAUCACCUAACAAAAUAAAUAUUCAAGCGCCAAAUUUGACACCAAUAUUAAGGCAAAAUGAAGGAACAUCUACGUCUACUUCAAGCUCAAAUUCUCAAUUAAUAACGACAAGGAACAUUAAACAAGAAGAACAUAUUUUUGAACCAAAAACUCCCAUUCCAAAAAAGAGGGCAAUUCAAGUAGUUAAACAACUUUUAUACGAAGACCGUCCAGCUUUUUAUUUGGUUAUAUUUGAACAGCGCUUUCCAACUAAAGUAGUUACUUCUCAACAAUGGAUACAAAAAGGGAAAGCUAGACCUUAUAUUGUCAAAUUAAUUGGAGAGUUUGAACAGAAACUUUUAGAAGAUAAAAAACUUGCAGAGGAUUUGACUGAAUAUGAAGUUGAGGCUAUAUUGGAUAGAACAUUGGGCACAGAUAUUUAUUUAGUUCGAUGGGUAGGGUGGAAGGAGCCGACUUGGGAGAAAAGGCACUAUCUCCUACCAAAAUAUGAAUCUCUAUUAUCUCAAUUUGAUUCUGUUAAUGAUCAACAAUUACCUAAAGGUGGAGAAGGAAUAAUAAUUAAUAAAAAUAUCCGUGUCGUUGAAGCAAUCAAAGUUAUUUCAAAAUUGGAUAGAGGAAACUCUGGCCAACCAAAUUCUUAUUUGCUUGAAUGGCCUAAAAACUCAACUAGAGUGUAUACUGAAGGGAAUGAAAAAAUUCAGAGUUGGGAGGAUAAACUUUCUUUGGUGGGUUUUUAUAAACUUAAAAAAUUGCCGAGGAAAAAAGUUUAUUUAAGCAUAUAA